AUGGAUUUUAAGGUUUUUGAAGGUGUCGUGGAUAGAUAUGAUGGUGUUACGAUAGAUUCUCUGAAAGAAACUUGUGAUUUACAGAAGUUUUCAGAAAUACUUUGUGGUUCACUAAAAAAAUGGACAGACGAAAAUAAAAGAUGCAUUUGGUUUAGAGUUAAUAUCGAGCAUGCUGCUUGGGUUCCAAUAUUAGCUGAUAAUGGUUUCACUUUUCACCAUGCGAGAGAUAAUUUUGUAAUGAUGUAUAAAUGGCUACCAUUAAAUACAUUAGCAAAUUUACCACCUGCUUGCCAUACUAAUAUUGGAGUGGGAGGUUUGGUUCUCAAUGACAAAAAUCAAAUGCUGGUAGUAGUUGAAAAACAUACUGAAAUUGCGCAUUGGAAGUUGCCAGGAGGAUAUGUUGAAAGAGGUGAAGACAUACAGAAUGCUGUAAUUAGAGAAAUAAAGGAAGAAACUGGUGUCGAUGCAACAUUUGAAUCACUUGUGACUUUAAGACAUACUCACAAAGCCAUGUUCGGCAAUUCAGAUAUAUACAUUGUUAUGUUACUGAAAGCUACUUCGGAUACGAUAAAUAAGUCUGAUAUUGAAAUCAAGGAUUGCAAAUGGAUGGAUGUUGAAGAAUUUUUGAAUCAUCCAAAUACAAUAAACUUCAAUCGAUUUAUAGUAAGGCAAGCUUUGGACUUAAAAGAAAGGAAACUGAAGUUCAAUUUUAAUAAAAGUACUUUAACAUUUGGCUCGUUGACUCGUGAAGUAACGGCUCUUGUGGUAGAAGAUUCGUUAUAA